AUGACCGAGAAGGAAAAGGACACCUCUUUGAGGUGCCAUUGGGAUGGAGACUUUGCUACAUGGCCGGACUACGUGAGGAAAGUCCGGCUGGCUUUCGAGAAGACCCGUCGUCGCAGGCGGGCGCAGCUGGGACCCGACCUAGUGUCCCAACUGUCGGGCAGGGCAUGGGUUGUCACCCAAGAGAUCGACUACAAGGCAUUGACACAACCCAAUGGAGCCCGCUACCUGAUCACGUUCCUUGAGGAGCGCCUCGCCCGCGUUCCAAUCCCGGAUGCGGGAUCUCAAGCAGAAGCACUACUUCUUCGCCUUCGACGAGUACCAGGAACUUCAAUGGCGACCUGGUGUGCGCAGGUGAGAGAGCAGUAUAGAAAGCUGCAGAGAGCACUUCGCCGUGCUCGAGGAGAUGCGGUGGAGUUCAAGCCUGGUGGAGCUCCGUCGCAAACUUCCUCGAAACCCCGCUCCAGUCCUGAGCCUGCAGCCGAAGAAGGAACAGAAGAAGAAGAAGCGCAACGUGCUGAUGAAGAAGAAGCUGAACCUCGCUCACCUGCCAGGCCAUCUUCCUCCAAGGGUGGCAAGUCGAAAGGCAAAGGAGAUGACCUUCGCUCUCCCUCUCGUGGAUCUCGCUCUGAUCCUUCCGACAGUGAAGAUGAACAGGACGACAACUUUUGGGAUGACCUAGACACUGGUGAGUGGGGCUUGCUGCUCACCUCUGAGUGUGAUGAUGAAGACCUCCUGGAAGGUGACAUCCACUGGCUGGGAGGACUACCACAAGACCAAGUCUUUCAGACCACUUCCUGGGAGACUCCUUCGGCACCCCCGCCGGCAGUUGAAGAGACGUUCAUGAGUGAUGAUGGGUUCUGGGGAGCUGACCCCUCGAAUCCUGGAGCAUACCUGUGGUGGAACCUUGAGGCCGACGGCGAGUACUACCACUGUGACUCCCAUGGCACGUUUUGGUCAUGGUCUGAGGCUGAUGUUUGGAAUGAUGUGCUUUGGAGCACGCCUGAAGAAUCCAAGCCCAUCGUGGAAGCCUUUGCAGCCUAUGAGGAGAAGAUGCGAAAAGUGUUCAUGGUGGCUGAAGAAGAAGAGCUCAUGGAGACCUUCGUGUGCCAUCCUCUUUCUCAUCCUGAGCGGCCACUGGAGAUCAUGGCCAAGAGCUCGGCUCAGAGCUCCACGCCAAAGGAGAAGAAGGGUCCGAAGACCAAAGAGACCUUCACCGAGAAGUACGACACUUCUCGUACGGUCCUGAGCGACCCCAGAGACCCUCGCACCCUUGGCCCGCCGUGCAACGGCCAACACGAGCCGGCACCAGCCUACAAAGGCUCGGUGACAGGGAGCAAUGGACAUGCCAGCUGGGUCGGAUGCCAACGGUGUCAACUACGCUUGAGCUACACCCCGGCGUUCGGGGCAACAGGAUUGCACCGACAAGCAGGGCCGAUUCCUCAAGACACCAAGAAGCAAGUCGAGGAAUUGGGAGAGAAAGCACCGUACAACCCGCUGAUGAAGAGUCAAGCCAUAGGCUUGGAAGGUGCCGAACGCUCCCUCCUGACCAAGCUCGACAGCAUCCGAGCUCGCAAAGCCGCAGCAGGGUAUGGCAACCUCACGCCGACCACCAAUGCCACUUCGAGCCCUCAGAGUCCCGCCAACCAGACUCAGCCGAGUCCGACCGAGGUGGCAAGUCCGACCGACGUGGAGACCCUUGGCACGGUUCCUGGGAGCAAAUCCCGGCGAUCAGAAACAGCGCCCGAAGAAGCAGAGUACGAGGAUCGCUCAAACCGAGAAGGUGCAGGAGAGCCCUACAUGUCUGAGAACUCCGAGGGUGACUUGGCUCUUCGUGGUGGCACCUUCGCGAAUUCGAAUGACCAGGUUCCCAAGAAUGAACGGAUGUUCAAGAAUGCCCAAGCUCCACCGAAUGUCAAGGCCCCUCCGAACUUGUUCAAGUUUGACUAUGCCUCCGGCGCUAAGGAACAGGAAGCAUUUGAAGAUUCACUUCCUGAGGGACGACAUGAUGGAGAACCUGGCGGAGAAGAUCGCACUAUGACUCCCUUCCCGAAGAAGGAGUUUGCGAUGGUGGUGGAGAGUAUGAAUGAGCUGGUUGAAGAAGGCGAUAUGAUCUUCAAGGCCUAUGAGAUCCUGGCUGAUGGCUGCAUGUUUGGUCUCUCCUCACCGGACGGGCCAGUGAAGAAACCCUGGCGCUUCAUGGUGACUCGAGAACACGCCCUAAAAGGUCUUGCUCGGCAAUGUGAUGGAAGUCACCACCAUGUGCCAUGCCUUGGCGCCAAUGCCAGAAACUCUGCCUACUACACCCCACAGCUGUGUCGGGUAGCCGCCCGAGGAAUGCUGCAGACCUCCGAGCUCAUCGGAGGCAUCCAAGAAGUUGAACCUGACCCUUCUGUUUUGGAAAAGCUCACACCUCAAGAACUUCAGCAUCUCAUGGAAUCGGUGUUGAAACUUCAUCGACUGUGCGGCCACCCCAACAACAGAGCUUUGUUGAAGCUUCUCCGAGCUCGAGGAGCCUCUGAAGAGUUGAAAGCGGCUGCACUCCAACUUGCCUGCCCUGAAUGCCAUGAAAGCAAAACUGCCUCUCCGACCGUCAAGGUAUCCUUGGAGAGAGAAGAUGUGAUUUGGAAGACGCUGCAAAUGGAUGCAUUUUUCUUUCGGCGUCGAGGGCAAGCUCAUCAUUUUCUUUUGAUGUUGGAUGAAGCUAGUUCUUUUGCAGUGGUGAAAGAAGUGAAGGUUCAUCCUGCUGAAGAGUCCGAGAACAUCACCACUGCAGAGGUAAUCACCACCCUGGAAGAAAGCUGGAGCCAGAUCUUUGGCUAUCCCUCUCGCUUGAGGUCCGAAAAUGUGACCAUCAACGUCGCGGCAGCCAGCUCAGAAGGCAUCCCUGGUCACGAGAUGGCCGAGAACUUGAGACUUCGCAUUGAGGCCCACUGUGAUCAAGUUCGACAUGGCAGUGAACGAGAGCUUCUGAUAGCAAACGCCUCAGGGACAAUGGCCAUGCCUUGGACCUUCUCCAUGAUGAGCAACUCUCUCACCAAGGGCGCUUUUGAGGAUCUCACCUCCUCCAAGGCCGAAAGAUUCGAAGCCAAGAGAAGACAAACCUUUCGCCCAUCAGCGCUUGAGAGAAAACGCCAGAAGCAACAAGAAGAAGAUGAAGUACAAGAUGAUGCAAUGAGCUCAUCCUCUGAAGAGCUCCUCCCUGAUGAGGUGCACAUGGAUCCCACUUUGAAAGAAGGAAUGCACCCUGAUGACUCUGAUGACCUAGACAUCGAACGGCUGCUUUCUGAUCCGACCUACAUGCCUCUACAUCCCGUUGUCCCACCAGACGUGAAGGAGGCAAGAGGAUCUGAUGAUGUUGAAUUUCGGCAGCAGCGAAAACGCCAUGAGCAAGAUGAUCGUCCUCACCAUGCCAAAUUCCCCAAGAAGUACAAGAAUCCAGACCUGGCCAGUGCUGCUGACCUGAUGAAGACCUUCAUGAUGAAGGGCCAACUAUGGAACGUGAAGUAUGACCCGGGCUUCGUAGCGGCCAAGAAGAAGCGCCGCCUGAAUCCUGAGAGUCAAGAGCCUGAGCCUGAACUCAUCGAAGAUGAGUCUUGGCACGCCUUCCAGCGGCGGCAAGUGAUUAAACACUACAGUCAGCUGGAUGGCAAGAAGAUUGAGCCCUACUACAUCAAGUUGUACCAAUUCCAGCUCAUGCGAGGUCUCGCCUUCAUCCAUGGUCGGGGCAUCGUGCAUUGUGAUCUGAAGCCGCAGAAUUUGCUGCUGGAUGGGAAGAGCCACACGCUGAAGAUCUGCGAUUUUGGCACUGCCAAGCGGAUGAUCUUCGGGGAACAGCAGCGGUCCUACAUGGUGUCCAGAUACUACCGAGCACCAGAGCUCAUCCUGGGUGCCACCAGCUACACCACUGGUGUGGAUUUGUGGUCUGCUGGAUGUGUCUUUGCAGAGCUGAUCUUGGGGCAACCCUUGUUUACGGGCAAGGAUGGCAUUGACCAGUUGGUGCAAAUCAUUAAAGUCCUGGGCACCCCGACGCCGCAGCAGCUCCGUGCCAUGAACCCGAACUAUCCCGACUACGAGUUCACGCCCUCGUGGGGACCUUGUCCUGAGAGGAUGGGCGCCGGCGCACGCAUUGGCCACAUGCUGACGUAUGACCCGGCCCGAGCCCCAGCAGUGCGCGGCACGGUCGCUUCGUCCCGCCGCGCCGCCGCGGGACGAAGCGAAGCAGCGAAGCGAACUGUGUCGGAUCGUGUUGCCGGUGCAGCCACCGUUGCAGGGUGCCCGCACACCGUCCGGCUGACGCACUUGGAUCCGGCAGAAGUGGGCGGUUCAUUUGGGGAGACGGGCAGAAGUGGGCGGUGGACGUUGGAUGCCGAUCCAGCCAGGCCUCUGCACGUUUUGCUUCAUCCCUUCUUCGCGGAGUUGCUUGGUUUCACUAGGAGCUGUGAGCACUGUGUAAGUGCGGAGAUUGGAGAGCAAGCCAAUCCUAAGGAUGAAUUGUGGUGGUUAACUCCCAAGGAGCGGAUUCAAUUGAUCCCCAGCCGCUUGGACAGCGGAGGAGGCGCGUCACCUCCCGCCCUGACGGGUUUGGUCAGCUGCGCGUCUUCCGCGUGGAUAGCGGAAGCGCUGCUGCGCCAGACGCCAGCGUCAGAGGACUCCCUCAGACGCGCUCGCAGUGGGUGGGCCGGACGGCCGGGCCGGACAUUCAAACGCUUCAAGGAUGAAGCCGCGGAGUUUUCUGCCAGGUUCACCUUGUCAGACUUGGCAGAGCUUGAACUGGCAGAUAUGGCCUUCAGUUGCGAGUUGCAGCUGCCCUUGCGCUUUGACAAGGUCUCAGUCUACCCUGGCCACAAGGUGGGACAGGUUCCCACCAGGCCCGCGUCCAUUCCCAGCGACGUGGACCUCGCCGUGUCGGCGUACUGCUGGACGGCCUCGGGGCGGAGCACUCAGCCGGUGGCGCACUUCCUGGUCGCCACUCGACAGGGCAUGUUGCUUUGCACCAUGGAUGGAGCUACUGGAGCCUUGGUGUACAUUUGCCAGGCAGAACAGCCCAUCACUAGCAUCAUACUGACACAAGAAUACCUUGUCACAUCCCACAUUGGCAACACUCUCAAUUUUUGGGAGCUGCAGCCACAGGCGCUGGCGCGCUCGAGCCCGGAGGAAGUGCAGAGCUUCGCCGCUGGCCUGGCCCUAGCGCCGCAGAUGGCAUUGUCCACUGGGAUGUUUCAGCUGAAGAAGGUGGCCGACCUGGAGAGCGUGGGCACUCAACGCCUGGCACAUCGACUUCUGGGCCAGGUGAUUCGUGGUGAAGAUCCCAAGGGCUUCAAGCUCCUACGCUUCACCUCGGCCGUCACCAGUCUCACCGCCGAAGCACGCGGCAAGUUCCUCUUGGCAGGCACCGAUUCGGGCUGCAUUCACGCUGUCGCGGUGGAUCCAUGGCCAGAAGCACAGGUCAUUGACAGCAACCGGAUCAGUGAAGUGGGCAUUGCCAAGCUCUGCAGUACCAGUUCGGAGGACGGUCUGUCGCUGAAGGUUGCAGCCCUCCUCUUUGAUGGGAGGAUAGCGAUGGUGUCUUUCUCCCUGCGCGAACCGAAAGUGAAAAUGCUUGGGCUGGUGGAACACCUGGGCUCUGUGGAAGACAUCUAUUUCCACGAGCAGGAGAAGGCUGAAGAGCUCAAUAUGCCGCCAAAGCUGUUGGCUGUCGGAUGCACAAAGGACGCAUCUUGCAUGUGGUCAGUGCGAACGCCCAAGGACAGCUUCGAACCCCGUGACAUGGUGAUCCAUCGAGAGGCCAUGGGCUUUUGGUCCUCGAAGCUGAACUCUGACACGGUGGAGGGACGGCCCACCGCCGUGUGCUCCAUCUCCAAGCCCACGCAUGUGGGGCUCAUGGUGAAGUCAGCUGCCACGCCAGUGAAGAGUCGCUUGGCGGUGUCGGAUCCUUCGUUAGCUUCGCUCGCGAAAGCAUUGCAAGAGAUCAUGACUUAUGGUCCCAGUAGGAGGCGUGACGUGCUGCGUAGGCUUAGCACGCUUAGCAUCGUGACGCUUAGGGGUUUCACCCGAGAAGACUCCCGAAUCCAUGGCGGCAUCGUCGCCGCCUCUCGUGGGGCGAAACCACCUGUUUCCACCACUGCGGAGCGCCAGGGCGACGAGUUGCUGUGCAAGACCCUCCACAGCACUGUGGCCAUCAGCACCGGAGGUGCAGAUGGACUCCUGGUUUGGAGCGAACCGGGAUCCGAGAUCAGCGUGCCUGCGGACGACAGCCACCUCAAAGCGGAAGAGGAUGAGACCUUUGGGGAUGAGACCUCUGCACAUUUCGCCUUCGAGUGGAGCUGCCACCGCUUUCGCAUCGAUCAGCCGUCGGAGGGGCGAGAAGAAGCCGCUGCGAAGCGCAAGCUGAUGUCGCACGAGAUCGAAGCGUUGCGGAAGAAGCUCCGAAUCCUCAUUGAUCACAACAGCAAUGCACCAGAUCUGGAAAAGCUUGAGCGAGGUGAGUUCUGUGUCGACUUCGAGGAGCGUCAUGCCAUCGCCUCCAAGUCCAAGGAGCGUUGCGACGCCCUCCGCGCCGAGAUCGAGCACGAGAACGUCGCGAGGCAGUUGAUUCGAGACAGGCUCAUCAAGGAGUUUUGGGAUCCGAUGCGCGGCAAAGGGUGCCAGAUCACCUCCUUGACCUCAAGCUUGGCCGUGUCCAACUAUCCCGAGCGGACGGUGAGCGAGGAGGAAAGCACCAUCACCAGAAAGCUGAGAAUGCUUCGAAAAAGUGAGCAGCUGGAAUUCCAAAUGCUGAGAGGCUCUAGCUGCCCACCGGAGCUGAAGAAAGACCUGGUACUGGACGUGGACCACUUUGCUUCAGGCCGCGAGCAGUACAUGGUCAACUGGUGGCCUGGGGUGCACACCAAGGCCUCCGAAGCGCGGGCCAAGCAGUUGGCAGAAGUGGAGGCAGAGGUGAAGAGAAGAGCAGCGCAGCUUGGCGCCAAAGAAGAUGCCGAAAAGCAGAAGGAGAAGGACAAAGGCAAAGAUGCGAAAGGAGAAGAGUCAGGCAUCAAGACCAUUGAAGAGACGGGUUCAGGGACCAGCGCUGAUUCGAUUGUGGCUGAAGAGCAGAAGUUCUUGUACGAGCCCUUUGAGCUGGUCACCAACAGCAGAAGGCGUUUGCAGAUCCACUUGCUGCAAUCCUUAUCUGCGGACUACCGGAUGCACUUCAACGAGCUCUUCAAGGCCUGCCAAGGCGACAAGAAGAACAUCAUCGAUGGAAUCAAAGAGAAGUGUAGCCGCAUCCACCAGAUCUUAGGGGAGCUUCAGAUUGAGGAAGAGGUCCCAGAACCAACCCUGCAGGAGGUUGAGGACUCUGACUCAGUACUGAAGGUGCAGGACCAUGAGAUUGCUGUAGAAAAGUGGAUUUCUCCUGAAGAGAGAAAGGCCAGAGAAGAAGCAGCUGCAAAGGAGGAGGAGCGCUUGCGGCAGCUGCGGGAGAACGAUGCGGGUCAAAGAGCACUCGUACAAAUGAUGGGCGGUACCUUGAAGACGAAGAAGGACUUGACUCCUCUGGAAAUCGUUCUGGACAAAGAAGCCUGGAUGGAUGAGAUCCCAGAGGAGGACAUGACCGAGCUUCAAAAAGCUGCCUUCGCAGAGUAUCAGGCCAAAGAAAAGGCGUUAGCCGAAGCGCAGGAGGCUUACAAGAAGCAGCUUUCAGCAGAGCUGAAGAGCCUGCGAGCAGGAGUUCAAGAGUUGACCUUGCAGUUCGAGGGGCUGCUCAAAAGGCUUCACCAUGAGCGUUUUGCACACGACGCCAAAUUCCUUUGCCAAGAGCUGUACUGUGCGCGGCUUCAGCUUGCUCUACUACAAAAUGUGGAGGACAAUCUUGUGCGCGAGCAAGCUGAGCUGGAUUUGGAAGCAUCCAAAGCAAAAGUACUGGGCUGUGAACAAAGAGUGAACGACUUCACGGCAGAAGUUCAACGAGUGAAAGGGGAACAGGACGACCGUGCUCGCUAUGAGAAGGAGGUUUCCUCAGCGCAGCAUUUCAGGCAAGCGUUUGCCAACUCCACACUCGAGGCGAACGCCAUCACUACCUUGCUACAGCUCUUCAGGAAGAAGAGGGAGAAGGAUCUCAAUCGGGUGCAGAGCUGA